UUACAAACUGACAAAGAAAAGAGCAACCAUAUUAUAUUACGAAGUAAUGACUGUGCCAGCUUCACUGAUGUCUUCGCAUCUAAAUCAGAUGAUACCACCUCUAUUGAAACGGAAAAUUCUAACGAUGCUCCUGAACAGACAAACUUACAUUGUAAUGAUGAAAAAGUGAGACCGAAAGUUUUACUUGAGCGAAACAGCAAAUCAGUGCCGAUACAGCCUGAAGAAACAAAAGUUUCGCAUGAUUAUAUAGUCACCCAAGAUUUUAUUCAAGAAGUGUCUUCAGGGUUCACAGAUGAGGAAACCAUCGAAGUUGUUGAUAUACUCACUACCAAUACGACAAUAGAAGUUGAGCUAGCUUAUUUGUUUCUAAAAGUAAGUAUUGAAGGAAAAAAUACUAUACAAGCUAAACAGAAAGAGAUUUCAUGUCGUUACUCAUAUGGAAAAAGAUUUGAAAUAGGAGUUCAAGAACUUAUAGUAAAGAAAAAUAUUUCAGAACAGACAAUAGGAGUUGAUAAGAUUAAGAAUAUCAAAACAUUCAGUGCGGAUUCUAUUUCAAAGUUUACACAACCUCAAAUUCAAAUAAUUCUGGAUUAUUUUAAUGAAGGUGAAAAAGUGAGACCAAAAGUCCCACUUGAGCAGAAUGGCGUUGUCAAUCAUGUAUCUAAUACAGAUUCUACUAAUAUUAUCAGCAGAGCUGACAUGACCAAGAAGACCUCACCGAUAGCUCAGGCAAGUGCACCACCUAUAUUUGAACCAGAAGUCGAUAUAA